CAGUCACGGCCUAUAUGCUCCUUGUUGGCAACUGACAGAACUAGAGUAAACAAAAGCCAUGCUCUAUCAAGGAGAUAGUCAACCCUAACCUCAAUCAUUCUUUUCACCACACUCGCUGAGUGUUUACUUUCUUUUAUCCAAACUACCCAGUCAUUCAUUAUCAUCAUCAUCAGCCAAAAUGCGUCCUUCUGUCCUUCUCGCCUGCGCAUCCAGCUUUGUUCUCGCGGCCGCUGUCCCAGUCGGCCACGAAACAACAUCCACUACGUUGAAUGUACCUACAACAACUCCACCAUUGUUGGGCAUCCCUUCACCAACAACCCAUUUGCCCACACCAUCAAAGAGCUCCAAACCAUCUUUCUCGCCGUAUAGUCCAACGCCCACGCCCAAGAAAACUCCAACGAGCAUCAAGCCGCUCUUCGCCCCGUAUAAUCCAUCCAGCACGCCCACGCCGCCGUCCACAUCAACACCUCACCUUCUCCCAUCCAGCACGCGCACAGGGAAAAGCAAACACAAACCCGCAUCCCUCGCGUCCCGGAUCCAAUCAUCGUCUGCCGCAGUCCACACCCCAUCAAACACCCCUAAACCGGAAACAUGUCCAUCCGGGAAAUCGAAAAUGUGCUGCACGUCUAUCGACGGGAUUGGGGACCAGCUCACGGGUGGACUGGGUAGUAUCCUACCCUAUGUGGGUGGGAUUCAGAUUUCGUCGAUUUUGGGGUUGGAGUGUAAACCAAUGGCUUAUUCUGAUCCCGAGGAAUUCUGCGAAGAGAGUAUUAUGUGUUGUCAUGGGGCUCCUACGCAGAAGGAUAUCUUCAAAACAUGUGAAAUGUUCGACAAGGCGAUCGCCAAGAAGCAUAGUUCGAGUGCUAGUGCCGCUGUGGCUGCUACUACCGCUACGCCUUCUCUAUCUCCAUCCCCAUCUCCAUCGAAGAAGGGUUGAGGGUUCGAUGAGUUGAUGGAUGGGGGUUUUGGAUAGUGUGUUUUUCUUGGAGGGUUGGUUUUCUGCUCGGGUCUUUUUGGUUUGGCAUGUAUCUUUUAUUUUAUUC